AUGGACGAGCGGAAACUGUUGGUCAUUAUCGGUAUCACUGGUAACCAAGGCGGCUCAGUAGCUCGGACGUUUCUCGAUGACCCCAAACUGAGAUCCAAGUACCGUCUAAGGGGGAUAUCUCGCAACCCAUCUUCUAGUCAAUCACGAGAACUGGCAGCACAGGGUGUUGGAAUGGUUGUUGCCGACCUCCAUGACCCAUCUUCGCUCCUCCAGGCAUUUAAGGGAGCACACGCCAUCUUCUCGGUAACAGAUUUUUGGACGCCUUAUCUCGACAAGAACAAUCAGGCCAAAGCUCAGGAGCAAGGAAAGCACAUCGGCCAACUCUCGUAUGAGCUUGAGUACGAACAGGGACGCAACAUUGUCGACGCCGCUUCCAAGGUCCCGGAGCUGGAACGGUUUGUUGUGUCGAUGGUGUCUAGCACCAAAAAGAGCAGCAAUGGCCGCUACGAUAAGAUAUGGCAUUUCGAUAGCAAGGCUGACAUGAUAAGUUACGUCAAGUCGACGUAUCCAGACCUUGCCAAGAAGAUGAGUGAGUUGAACAUGGGCGUAUUUUUCCGGGCUUGGAGGUUCGCACCCGUAAUGGCCCCGCGAAGGAUGGACGGUGGAGUGCACGUCUUAACGAUGCCGUGCAAUCCCAACACACCAAUACCUUUUGUCGACCCUAACAAUGACACCGGUCCGUUCGUACGUGCGCUGUUGACCCUGGAGCCAGGGAUACAGCUAUAUGGCGCGACAGCUUUGAUGAGCUGGAACACUUGGCUCGCGCUGUGGGGCCGCAUUUUGGAUAAGAAGGUCAAGUUCGAACAAGUGGGCGUGGAUUUCUACGAAGAAGAGCUGUCCAAAACCUUUCCGCAGGGCUUUGGAACUGAGAUUGGUGAGAUGUUCGAGUUCAUGGGCAUAUAUGGGUACGAUGGCGGAGAUCCAGCGUGCAAGCGAAGGGAAGAGCUUGGCAUCGAGAUUCCAGGACUGAGCAGUGUCGAGGAGUACAUCAAGAAUGAAGACUGGUCAAUGUUGGGUGUCUGA